UUGUGUCGCUUGCUGGAAAGCUCCCUUUAUUAAUCUAGUGAGGUUAGGGAAUCGCAUCGUUGCGAGCGCGAGCCAAAUCUCUCGCAUGGGACGUCGUGGGACGUCCCUCGAAUCAAGUCCUCGAAUCGAAUCCUUGAGCCGGACUCGAGAAUGAGAUAUCAACCUCGUACAUACAUGAAUCACUCCAUCACUCCGUGGUUCGUGCGUGUAUUUGCGAUUACAUGUGUAGAGUGUAGACUCGUGGUAAAAUCUGGCGGCGAGCCUUUUACUGCUUUACGCGUUUUGUAAAAAAAAAAAAGUUAAGCAAACACGAGGGGAUUAUCGUACGACAUAUCUCCAGGUGCGAGCUUCGCCCACGGAUUGAGGCACCUCGACAGAUUUAACGUCCUUAACUCGUUUAGAGGCAUCCGAUGUGAAUUUGAUCUACCUAGAAUGGCUGGGGUAUUCGACAUUGAACUGCAUGACGGAGAUGCCGCGAAUCAGGACGAGUCGGAUGACGACGUGAUCGAGAACAGAGAGGAGGAAUAUAAUCAUGCCGCAACUGUAAGCGCUAUACUAGAAUCGGAGAACUUAGAGAGGGUUCAGUUGUCCGAGCAAAAUGUGAAUCCGGGUCAAGAGAAGGCUGGUCCACAAGACUUCGAGUUGUGCAAGAUUUUAGGAGAGGGUGGUUACGGAAAGGUCUUCCAAGUCAGAAAGGUCACAGGGAAGGAUAAAGGCAGCAUCUUUGCUAUGAAAGUACUGCGCAAAGCGUCCAUUAUACGAAAUCAAAAAGAUACCGCUCAUACCAAAGCAGAGAGGAAUAUCCUGGAGGCUGUAAAACAUCCAUUUAUUGUAAACCUCAUGUAUGCGUUCCAAACUGGUGGCAAAUUGUAUCUGAUCUUGGAGUAUCUGUGCGGUGGAGAGCUUUUCACAUACCUCGAUCGAGAAGGUAUCUUCCUAGAGGACACUGCUUGCUUUUAUCUGUCAGAAAUUAUACUGGCGCUGCAACAUCUUCACAAUCAAGGAAUUAUAUAUAGAGACUUGAAGCCAGAGAAUAUCUUGUUGGAUGCUGAGGGUCACGUCAAGUUAACGGAUUUCGGUCUUUGCAAAGAACAUAUACAAGAGGGUACAGUGACGCAUACGUUCUGUGGAACGAUAGAAUACAUGGCUCCAGAGAUUCUAACUAGGAGCGGACACGGUAAAGCUGUGGAUUGGUGGAGUUUAGGCGCUUUGAUGUUUGAUAUGCUUACAGGGAUGCCGCCAUUUACCGGUGACGACAGAAGGAAAACUAUCGAAAAGAUUUUGCGGGGAAAGCUGAGUCUUCCACAAUAUCUGACGCCAGACGCUCGGGAUCUCAUUCGAAAACUCUUGAAGAGGCAUGUCGUUCAGAGAUUGGGCUCUGGUCCGGAGGACGCCGAGCAAAUUAAGAAUCACAAUUUCUUCAAACACAUUAAUUGGCAGGACGUAAUUGCCCGGAAGUUGGAUCCGCCGUUUAAGCCAUCUCUGAAGAGCGCCGACGAUACAUCACAAUUCGACGAACAAUUUACGGCAACCGUGCCGGUUGAUUCACCGGUCGAGAGUACUCUCAGUGAAUCUGCGAACAUGAUAUUUCAGGGUUUCACGUAUGUGGCGCCGAGCGUUCUGGAGGAGAUGUACGCACAGCCAAGAGUCGUGAACGCUAGAAGUCCACGUAGGGGAUUGUUGAGCAACACGGGUUUUGGCGCAGCUGCAAGUCUACAUGGCUUCUCUUCACCCAGAACAAUGGAUGUUCAUUUGCGCCCAUCAUUAGACCUCCAACAACAACAGCAGCACAGGCAACAUAUGAUGGGACCCAACAGCAUAGAGGACACCGAAAUGGUCGAUCUUGGCCAGCUACCAAACCGUUUAUAGUGCCGCGACCUAUUGCGCGCAAACUACUAGCUUUUUGAUGCAAACUAGGGAACGAAAGGAACAUAGCCCAAUAAAUCUGUUUGUUCGCCGAAUCGUUUCUUUACAUUCGUGUGCGAUGAUGAACAGAUAUAUUUAGCAAAUUUAAUAUUAUGUAUAAUAUUAUGCAAAAAGUAAGCACAGUGAGUUUGGUCAGCCUCUUUGACAUCGCAUAUUACCUGCAUCUGUACGCAAUUUUUUUUCUUUUAGAACUAGCGAUCUCAAGACGGCCAAGCGUUUGUUUGCAAUGCGAGGGAGCGAAUAGUGUAUAUCUUUUCGCAUAGUGUAUGUAAAUACGUGCGGAUAAUU